GUGUGUGUGUGUGUGUCUGAGUGAAUGUGUUGUGGCAAUCCGUUAACCGACCUCUACUUCCUGGAGGGUAGAAAAAAAAACCUUCUCAGGUAAUUGUACCUGUGCUGGGUGUGACACAAAGAAUGUCAAAUACAGAGUGAGCGGCUGGCUGCUCUUUGUGGUGUAGUAGAGGAUUUUAUCAUCCGUGUUGAUUCCUCACAGCAAACAGAGCAGAGAGCUGCAGAGGACGCUGCCUCUUCCUGCUCCGUCUGACAGCUCUGACAGGUAAAGUUGAGUCUUUGUUUUCGGUGACCUUGUACUGUGCUAGAACAAUCCCAGUUUAAACGUGAGUGGAGUUUUCUUCUUUCUGUCCAGGCGUGAAUGACUCUAGAGCUGGAGUUUGAAAUUUGGUCUGCUGUUUGUGAAGUUUUCUCUCAGCUCGCUCUGUCAUGGCUCAGUUACGAUGAAAAGAGUCUGUGUGUGCCCACAGAUCAAAACCAAGAUACUGAGAUCAGAGGACACUCUUUAAAUUCAUCUUUAAGUUUAUCUGUUAAGAUUGAGGAUGUUUUUUAAUCUCUGUGACACUCUAAGGCACCUGUUUGACUGCUGGUCAUCUCUGUGGGGCUGGCAACCAAGAAAAAGUGGAACAUUAAGUACUUAGACUGAAAGCAAAUCUUUAAUGUUACGUCAAGCACUAAACAAACACCUGCUAAGGGACAUGUCAAGAGCUGUAUUGUGAAGCCUGAGGUUGUAAAAAAACAACUUUAGAGAUGAUUAGGAAGUUUUAAUAAACUUUAUUUAUAUUUACACUCAAUGAGACUUCUUUGCCCUGAUUUUGAAGGCAAAUAUUCAACUUGAAUCCUUUUCUUUGCCCACUUUCUAACUUAAAGUGCCCAAAACAGCUCACUGUUUGUGUUGUAAUCAAGCCAAGAAGUCAAGAUAGUUGUGUGUUUGUUAUCAGGUUGAAGCUGCUUUGUCAGGCGUAUUAUUCCUCAGUGGAAAAGCUCCAAGUGUAUGUGUGUAAUAAGACAAACCUACCCACCCAGCUGAGUGGGACGGUCUCACCAUUCUAAAGUACACAGUUCCAGCAGCAGCCUCUCAGUUUGAUGAUAACACAAAUACAGUAAAUUUAAAUACAGCUAAAUAGAGUAAACUUCAAACAGAAGCUCUGAGACUGAAGUUUUUGUUGUUGUUGCUGUUUCUUUAAUUUGUGAAAACUCGUAAAAGAUUCAGAGUGAAUCUGAGCUGGACACUGAGGACUCUAUUUUCUGAGGGCAGACCCGGCGCAGUUGUAUUUCCGUCUGGCGGAGCCCGGCGUACAGCCGGUUUGGUAUUUUCGUGGACUGAGGUGCACGGAGGCGAACCAAGAUCCGCAAUGCUGGGCGUGGUGGCAUGGCAGGGGGAGGUGUCAACAGAAUCAGCAGGCGCAGUGACAUUUUCGUGCUCGCCAGUGGCGUGUAAAGUGUGCUGAAAGCUCGUAGAUUCAAACCUGGUCAGCUUUCAGUGCAGGCGGAGUGCAGCUGGUCUAGUGGUAUUUUGUAGACCGGCGGCGUAUCGGCAUACGUCACUGAUGCCUCACCGGCAGGUUUCCACAGUGUCAGGCACAUUUCAGUGCAAUAAAUAAUCAACAACAACUAAUAAUCUGAGUCAGCACACACAUUUAGAUCUAUAUAGAUAUAUAUUCUGAUCUAUAUCUGAUCUGAUGAGCGUGUUUGGCACGCGUUUGGGCGUGACCAAAACCUGACCGAAUCAACACAGCUGAAACCGCAUUAAAUUGAAUUAAAUAUCUAGUAAAUAAACACACAUGAUGAAGUUAACAAGAUAUUUAAUUUGUCUUCCUCAUUUUCUUUCCUCCUCUUCCUCUUAUUUCUCGCGAAGCUCGACCUGGACAUGUCUCCGUGUCCUCUCUCUGUCCUGCUGCAGCUGCGGCUGCUGAACAGAUGAUUUGUUUCAGUGAUCAGAUGAGUUAUUUACUUUAAGCCUACACACGAAUAUUAUAAUAUUCAGUUUUGUGAGGCAAAUUUAUUUUAUAUGCCAACAUCUAUGUAAGAAAGAGCCAGGCCACGGAGCGCGAUGCGUCAUUUACGCACAGAUGGUUCCGAUUUUAAUGCCAUUUUUGGAAUUUAUGUUGUGAUCUGUGCGCACAACCCACCUUUGUCACGUGAGGUUUGAAUAUGUGCAACUUUAUGUGAGUGUCUUUAUUUGUGGAAAGGGUGUUUGUCUUACCAGUGGGUCCAACAUUACACACACCAAAUCCAUCUGUGCUCAUUUGAGAGAGUGUGAAGGACGCCCUCUGCAGUGCUUACAGUGACACUUGUUGAGCACAGGCAUGAAAAUGGGUCAGGGGUUGAAAAGGUGAGAAGGGUGCGGAGGAAAUACAUUCCAGUACACUGUACAACCCAACAAAAUAUUGAGCUCUGUCCACCCACAUUGCGUUUCAGUGAUCUGCAGGAGGUGCCAAAAACACUCCAAGUCUCACACACACACACACACACACACACACACACACACACACACACACACACACACACACACACACACACACACACACACACACACACCACAUCACAUGCAUCUUGUGCUGGCCAUGUUUUAUUUAGAAACAAAGUGUACUUUCACAGAAGCUAAAUGAGUUAGAUGAGUCAGAGAGGUGUUCAAAACUGUUUGUACAAGGCCAUAUGAACAAUAAUAAUUUAAAGAGAAAAAAAAAAACAGAAUUAAAAAAAAAAGACUUUACAUCCUGCACUUUAGAUCAGUGUAUGCCCUGCCAGACUGGAGAACAAUACAUGCAAUUCCAAUAGAUCCAAUACCAAGUCCAUUUGAUCACUUUUUCUUUUUUCUUUUUGCCUGGGCCGCCAGAGUCUCCAUGGUCUUUUACGCUGAGUGGCCACAUGCCUCAGCCUUGCCUGCUUCUCACUUUCAGCAGCCUGCCUCUUUGCCUGCUGAGCACUCCCAGUUUCUUGACAGCCAUAUAAAAAUAAUAGCAACAUAGUGAUUUACACAACAGCUUUAGUAGCUUUUGGUCUAAACACACGGCAAGCCUUUCGUGACACACUCUUCCCUGUUGUCUUCUCUCACGCUAAUGUCGCGCUGAAAAAAACUGACGCCCCGUCUUGUCAACGGAUGGAGCCAGAGCAGUAAACGCGAGACGCCUGCUUUCGCUAUUUUAGAUGGCUCAAAACCAUUACGUUUUAAUGAAUCAAUGAAUAACAUCAGCGGCAAAAAGUAGUGUUAAAAAGACCAGGGUUCACAUGUUUUUAUUUUGUCACAAAAGGCUUCAAGCAUGGGCCAAAGCAUAGGACAAGUUCUAGAAUUUACCACUUCACCUUCAGCCUUUUCAGCCCCUCACCUGAAUAUUAUCCUCACACGUCCCCGAAAUACCAAGUAAAGAGAUAUUAGAAAGAAGCUUGUGUUUCUUCUUGAUCUCUUUGACUACUUCACGAAAAUAGUAAAACGCCUCGCCGGUGGCAGAUUUAAAGGCAAGGAGAGGAGCUUAUGUGAUUGGUGAAAACAGGUCUUGGCUGUGUUAAACCCACUCCACGCCCUCUCUCCUCCCUUGCUACGACUUACGCCUCUGGGAGGAGCUGAGUUAGGGAGGGGGGAUACCUACGCCGGGCUGCGCCGCUCACCAAAAUACUAAAUUGUGCUUGGGAACGCCUUGUCGGCCGCGGCGGACCUGACUUAUGCUGCGCCUGUGGCACGUCUCCGGCGAGGCACGAAAAUAGAGCCCUGAGUGUAGAUCUUUCCAGAGUGAAUGGAUCACCUUUCAAGCCAUAUGAAUCAUGCAAAACAAUGCUCGUGGUUGAAAGUCUCACCUAUAGAGCUUUCAACUCACAACUUUUGCCACUGUGGCACAAGCCAUUGUUUGGGUAAAUUCAUAUUUGAUGGAGGCACAACCACUUCAACUAAACGGAGAUGAGCAACCCCACUUCGGGAAUUUUAUUAAAAGGAAUUAUUCAGUUUAAACAAAACCUCCGAGGCUCUCAGACUUGUCACACUAACAAGCAAAAGAGCUGGUUCCAGAUUAAGAGGGCAUCAAAACACUUAACAAAAACCAGUUAAGAUAAAAUGCCAGGUCAGGUCACACUAAUGUUUCUGCUAAAGUUAUUACGUUAUGCGUCAUCCCUGGGCACAUGACAUGCCGGUGGUGCUUGGUAUUAAUGAAGACUUUGGCAGAGUUUCAGGUUAUAAAAUUAACCUGGAGAAAAAUGUUCUUUUCCCAGUCAAUGAGCAGGCGAGAAGACUAUCAUCCCAGGCCUAUCCUUUCAUAACACAAAAAGGUAAAAUUAACUUAUUUAGGUUUUAAUGUAACAAGUAAAUAUAAAGAUUUAUUUCAUCAUAACUUUACAGGAAAACUGGAUAAGGUAGAUUUGGUAUCAAAAGGUGGACAUCGCUUCCCCAUCAUUAGUAGGGAAGAUCAAUUCUGUUGAAAUUAAUAUAAUGCCACAGUUCCUCCAUUUGUUCUGGACAAUACCAAUGUUCAUACCUAAAUUAUUUUUUAAAGAAUUGAAUAAAUGUACAUCUACCUUUAUCUGGAAAAAGAAAGUCCCCCAGAUAAGAAGAGAGUUCCUCAAGAGACAGAGAGAAGAGGGAGGCCUGUCCCUACCAAAUUAUACGCACUACUACUUGGCUGCUAAUAUACAUAAGCUGUUGUUUUGGAUCUCAAAUUUAGAUGAUAACGAAACUCCUGUGUGGGUACAAAGGGAAAGAUAUGCAUCUAGCCCAGUGUCCCUACAGUCCUUCGUCUGCGCUCAUCUGCCCUUAAGCAAACACCUCCACACAAACAACCCUGUAAUACGUCGCUCUAUCAAGAUCUGGAUCCAAUUCAGAAAACAUUUCAAAAAUAGAAACGCCCUCCCAUCUGCUCUUCUCUAUGGCAAACAUCUAUUUUCCCCAGCGCUCCGGAAACAGCGUUUAGGGAAUGGUAUAGAGCUGGGGUGGAAAUUGUCCAUAAUCUUUUUAAAGAUGAUGUAUUCAUAUCUGCUGCUCAGUUGGAGACAGAGUAUGGAAUCCCUUCAAAGACAAACUACUUAAGAUACUUUCAGGUUCGAGAUUUUGUGAAAAAGACAUUUUCCCCAUCCCUCGAGUAAUCACAAAGUGGAUGGAUCGAUGGGCUACUGGACAUAUAUCUGGCAUCUGGAAUUGUUUUUGGUUUUUAAACUGACUGUAAAACACUUUGUGUUAUAUCCUUUUGUAUGAAAAGCACUUUAUAAAUAAAGUUUGAUUAGAUUUUGAUUCUUCUGUAUGUGCUAGUCACGAAUUGAUACAGUUGAAGGUACAACACAGACUUCACUUAUCAAACUGGCAAGAAUCUAUCAGGAGGCUCACCCAACUUACCCUGGAUGUAAACAAGUGCCAGCCAACAUAUGUCACAUGUUCUGGUCUUGCCCAGGCCUAAAGAGUUCUUGACCAAAAUUUUUAGAACUUUCUCAUCCAUUUAUAACAAGGAUAAAGAGUCCAGUCCUCUGACAGAAAUAUUUGGUGUGGCACCAAAGGAAACACAACUAACAAUUGCUCAAAGAAGAGCAAUAGCAUUCUCUUCAGCGCUAGCCAGGAGACUGAUCCUAUUCAUCUGGAUAAAGGCAACACUGCCAUCUCAUAUAUGAUGGGUAGAGGAGGUGAUGGCACACCUUAAAUUUAAGCAUUUUAGAUUUACUUUGCAGGGCAACACUAGGAGAUAUCCCAAGGUCCGGCAGCCUUUUACUUAUUAUUUUGAGCACGAGUUUUCAUCUGCUCCAACAUAAUUGGCCUCAAGAGACACUCUCCGGUUAAAAAAAAAAACACUUGAAUGAAUUCAAUGCCGAAAAACAAGUGGAUAUUGGAAGAAAAUUUUAUUUUAAUAGGAAUAAAUGUUAUUUUUGAUUACAAAAACAUACUGAAAUACACCAGGGACAUAGAAACACAUUGUUGUGUGCUUUUAGAUAUUUUAUCUGGUCUUUUUGAUUGUCUUUCCUAUGCUCUCCAGUAGGUGAUGUUAACUGAUUGUAUGCCAUUGGUUAGCUCACACACACACACACACACGCACACACACACUCACAUAUAGUCACAGGCUCUGUGUGAAAGUGGUUGUAAUGGGCGUGCCUAUGGGCUCAAACAGGGCAGGACUCUAGGUCAAUAUUUGUUUAGGAAACAGAUCUGUGUGUACACUGCAGUAACUGUAGCAUCAGCUUGCCUCCAUGUUUGGAGCCUUUUUUCUCUUUUUUUCCCUGUCAUAGAAAAUAAAACCUCGUUUACCUGCUGUAGUGUGUCAGGAUAGUCAGAAUUUGUCACAUCCUGUUUUUAAAUGAAACUGUAUAUUAAAAGGAGACAGUCACAGAGCCUGACAGGGGAAAAACACACAAUACAAACAAGUCCGUAUUAAAACUCUGCACAGGAUACACACCUCAAGUUUUACUUUCUGCACAUGCAGGUGUUCAGAUCAGGGUGAUGCAGGUAGUUGAUAAAAUAUAUAUAAAAAAAACAAUUAAAUGCUUUGUCAGUGUUUCACAACUUCUUGGGCUUGUCUUUCGUUGACUUUAAUACUUUAUUUUUUUAGCGUCAAUUCAUGACAUUUGUCAUCCCAAGGCACAAAACAAAAACACUGGUCCAGAUCAGACUUUAUUUAGAGAGACCCAAUUUAAAGAUGGGAUCAGAUUGAACACCAUGCUGUAAGAUCAGACCCACUACAAUUCCAUCUUUAACCACAUAAGUGAAACACUGUACAGCAUUUAUCAAGUUACAGUGGAGCAAUGUUACUUCCUUUAACAGGCAGAAACCUGGAGCAGAACCAGACUGAUGUUAGACAGUCAUCUUCUGAGACUGAGCUGGGUUUAGAAAGGGGAGAGGAAGAUGGAGACAAUUUCUGAGUUUGUGAGAAAGGAUGGAGAAGGUGUGAAAGGUGUCCAGUGUGCCUGUACCCCUGGCAGUCUCACCUCGGGCCAAUCCAUUACGGAGUGCUACGUGGUGACCCAGCUCAAGAAAGAACAUUUAUGAUCAUUUCUUUAUUAUUUCCUUGAAGCAAUAAUCACCAUAUUAAUCAUUUUGAACUGCAGAUGCAGUAGCUCUUCUGCCUUGAUCAUUAUAAUGAUAAGCUUUGACUUUAUGACUAUAAGCUUUAUCAAAAAGAAAAGUUUCAGGCCUAUUCUUAAAGAAGGUAUGAGGUUCAUCUCUUGAAUAUACAGUUUUUGAAAUAGAUUCCCCUGGUUUUGUCCUCAGGACCUGAAUUCUCUGUUGAUGAGCAGCGAUGUUCAGUGUGCUGUAUGACUGGUUCUGGUGGGACAGGAUCUGGCUGCCUGUGAACCUGACGUGGACUGACCUGGAGGACAGUGAGGGCCGAGUCUACGCCAAAGCUUCACACCUCUAUGUCAUUGUGCCAUAUGCUUUUGUCUGCCUACUCAUCAGAUACGUGUUUGAGAGGUAAAGUCCGCACUCUGUGCACACACCAUCAAACACUUAACUGUAUAUUACAAGUGUGACAAGUGUGGGUAUGUUCUUGUUAGCCAGCCUGAGUGUAGUAUGAGAUACUAGCCUUGAUAAUAUGUAAUAUGUCAAGCAGCCACUCUUGGCCUCGACACUUUGCUGCAGGUCUUCCCCACCUCUUUACUCCACAUGUCCUGUCUCUUUCUCUUGUCUCUCACAGUCCUGUCUCACAAAAGAAAAACAUGCCCCCACCUAUUGGCAAACAUGACUGGCAGCCUCACGAUCAGUUAUUUCUUUAUAAGUGUUUUUUUAUGUCUGCAAUCACCUUGACAGGGUAAGCAUCAAAUAAUCAGACUUUUAACAUGCUGCAGGACCUGCUUUUGCCGAGACAGAGGAAAAUCAUGACCUUUUUCAGGCUUAAUCUCAGCCACUGCAGGGUCUCCAUGAAUCAGCCUACAACAAAAGCGUGAUGAGGUUGGCUAACAAUAUUGUUAUGGUCCCUAACGUGCUCUAAACAAAGAAUAUGAAUUGUUACCAUCAAACUUGAGAUACCAGGUCCCUUGUUCUGAUAGGGUCAGACCGACGCACUCCUUUGUCCACCAGUCAUUUCUAAAAUUAAAUUUGGAGUUGAAUCCCAGAUCAAAGAAAAGCUGAAGGCUGUUAGUUGUUUAAGAUUUGUGUUUGAAAUGUCAGUGCAUAGACUGUAUAUAGAAUGGACGCCUUCUGCCUUCUCGUGAGAACAGCACACUCUGGUGACAGGCUGCAGUGUAGGUCAUAAAUCUCGUCUCCUGCAGCAAAGCUUAUGAAGCUGUGGACAAACUUUAGAAAUCAAUUAAACAGAAUAUACAUUUUUCUCCCCCGUUUGCGAUGUUGGCAUGUAGUUACUGUUGGACUGGUUUGUGCUCAAGUCCUCUUUUUUCUGUACAGCUCCUUUUUUAAAAGUUAUUAGGGGGUUCAUGUUUUCUGUGAUUGACACUUGAAACAGCCUAUGGGUAUACAAAGAUUGCGUAGCUCACCCGGGGGGUUCGCUGUUUGAGCCGAGUCAUUACAGUGACUCUAGGCGACUCUCCUGCUGAAUGCGUACAAUGCUACUGCGCAAUGUUGGUUGCACAAAAUGGAGGAAAAUCGCGGAAAUACCGAGAGCUUUUUGGCUUCAAAUCCGUAUACUGGCGGAAGGUGGAACCAAGUCGUCCAUAGUAUAUACAGUCUAUGUGUCAGGGUUAAUGGAGCUGCUGUGAAACAAGCCAAAUUUCAGACUCUAUCUAACAAUAAAGUCAUAUCCUAUCAUAUCAUAUCAUGUAAUAUCAAUAAUAAAGAACAGAACAGGAAGUCUUUGCUUAUUUGAACUCAGUAUUUACUUUUAAGAUAUGAAAGAUGAGUAUUUGUAGAACAGAAAUAACUAUCCAGAUUAAGGUCCACAAAGUUAUGCAGUAAAUGCAGAUCAAAACAAAAGUUUUGGUGGCAAGUCUUAUCACAUAACCUGACUUAUCAUACAACACAGGAAUCAGUCCUGUGGGAGUGUGUUAACCAAUCUUUCACCCCACACACUCCUCGGCAGGCUCUGUCUUUAUAUAGUCUAAUAACCUGCUUCAGUAAACCAUCAUUUCAAAAAUCUGUCAUAAAAUUCAAAAGAAUGAGGUUUUGGAAGGGAGAGAGGGUGGUCUUGGUUAGAUAAAAAGUCAACAUUAACUCAAAGCUGGAGGCAUAAUGUGUUUACAUGUCCAAUAUUUGAUGAAAGUCACUCUCUUUUUAAUAGAUUUUUGUUGAACAGCAGACACUGUGACCGCAAGAGAUGAAUGCAGGAUAAUAGCACAUAAGAUAAACUUUGAGUAGUAGUAAUGGUGAAGUGUGAACCAUUACAGUUUAGUUGAUAUUAGCCACCUUAAAGUUACUGUAUGGGAAAAUGAGGAAAUACAGUAAUAUCUAGUAGUCAUCAGUAUAGACUGAAAAGCUUCUUUGUUCACCCCUCCCAUCAGUGAAAUCACAGUGGCCUUCAAGGAUAAGAGGCACAUCUGAUGGAUGAUCAGCUUGAUUCUCCAUUUGAGCCACCAUACCUUUAUCUUGCUGUGCAGCACUUUGGAAACCUUGUGUUUGUUUAAAUCUUGCUAUAUAAAAUAAAAUGGAUUGGAUUGGAUUGGAUACCUGGUACCACCUUAACCAUAUUACCGAGGGACAACUAAAGUCAGUACAAUGAAAGAACUAUUACAAGGCUGGACAGAGGUAAAGUCUGUCUGUCUGUCUGUCUAUCUGUCUGUCUGUCUGUCUGUCUGUCUGUCUGUCUGUCUGUGUUUUAGGUGGAUAGCUACACCUUUUGCUCUGUCUGUUGGAAUCAAACAGAGAGCCCACCUGAAGGUAGAGCAUGUCCCUGUCCUGGAGCUUUACUACACCUGUCAGAGCAGAAAUCCUGCGCAGGUAAACACAUUCCCUCUCAUCACUAACUAUUACUGUUACUGUUAAAGCUGACUGCCCAAGAGAGGUCUAACAAUGUGAUUUUACAAUGACACCAGCUGUGACCCUGGUGUUCCUGAUACUACUUUGAAUCAUGAAAAGUUUAACAAGCAUUCACAAAAGAGUUAGUGGUGUAAGAUUUGAUCAAAACUAUCAAAGCUGAUCAUAUAAAUCUGUUUCAGUUUGUGACAUUGAUUUAAUUUCCUGUUUUUUUUUUUUUUCUUGUUUCUGAUUGUGUGUAUGUGUGUUUGUGUUUCCUCUUCAUCACAGGGGGACUUUGAUGGGCUGUCUAAGAAGAGCAGUUUGUCGGUGAGGCAGGUUGAGCGAUGGUUCAGGAAGAGACGUGCUCGGGACCGUCCAGGAGUCCUGAAGAAAUUCAGAGAGGCCAGGUCACUGCUGUGUAUGUGUGUGUGUUUGUUUGUGUGCGUGCGUGCGUGAUGGAUUAUUAUUAAUAACCUGUUGUACAGCUGUAGGUCAUAUGUUUCCAUGCUGCUCUUCACAGUUGGAGGUUUGUCUUCUACCUGCUGGCGUUCAUCGGUGGACUCAUAGCUCUGUAUGAUGUGAGUUGUGUAUGUGAACGGUCAGACUGAGCUAAAAACAGUUUCACACAGUCGUGGUGUCAGCUCAAAAUCCUUUGCAGCUUUGUGUCUCUUUUUUGCUUUUUUUUUAUGAAACAUUUUUCCUUAAAAAAAUUCAGAUGAAAAAGUUUUCCUUUGUUUUAUGCAGAAAGAGUGGUUUUAUGACACGAGGGAGGUGUGGACUGGUUUUCCAAAGCAGGUACUGUAAGUCUGCUCUCCUCUACACCACAGUUCACUUUUGCAUGGAAAUUUGUCAUUUAUAAGACAGUUUUUACAGGGAUUUUUCUAGACUUGUGGUUCUAUUUGCCUUUUUCUUAUAUUGAUUACAUUUACUUUUAAGAUCAAAGCUCAGACUGGAUAAACUAUGGCUAUAGUCUCUGUGAUGCCAUCCUCUGACUCCUGAGGCAAUUUGAAACCCAAAGAUUGAGGCUAGCAUAUGAGAAAUGCUUGCUCCAACUUACAUCCGGCUAAUUUAGAAACUUACAGAGAGAUGAAGUUGAGGCCUACCCAGAGCUGGACUAGAAAAUUCGUGUUUUGGGCUCAGACUGGCUCCUUACAGCCUCAACAUCAGUCUUUAAAAUUCCUUUGAUAAACUAACCUAUUGUUGCACACAUUGGUGCGUUCUUUGUCUUCAUUAUGCCUUCUUUAACAAAUGAUCUAAAUACUAACCAGUUCAUCCUGCCAUCCCAAAUGGAUGUAAAUGACAAACAUCAAGGAGUAACUAUGGCUUAGCUCAGAUCUCAGCUCAGAUUAACAUUAAGGCAACCUUAGUCCUGGGAAAGUAAACCAAGCGGCAACCUUUGGUGUGGAAAUAUGAAGUAAAAGGGAAUGUACAAAGAACUUCAGGUCCUUGGAUGACCACCACAGGAGUUGCGAUGCCACUUUUUGUUCAAAUGUAAAUAAAAGCUUUGAAAUAUUUCUUUCCACAACAAUGCCUCUUGUACAUCAUCUUAUUAUCUUCUGGGAGACGCCUGUGUCAUUUCCAGAAGAUAAUAAAAAACUUGCUGGUUUGAAUAAAAGUAACUUUAAGUCAAAAUUUGCCAGGGGUAUGAAUAAUUUUGGGCUUCACUGUAUGUAAUCUAUAACCAAACUAAAUCAAGCCAUAGCUGUGUAGAUGAUUGUGCUAUGGACUAGAAAGAUGUGACUGACCUGUAAGUUUUGACACGUAUGAUAGUAUUAUCAGUUUACAUUUGUACUGCAGUUUAUUGCUUUACUUUAUGGUUUCAAAAUAUUUUCCUUUGACUUUAAUAUACUUUUACAUAUUUUAAAUAAUAACACUGAGAGAUGUAUUUUUAUAGAAAUAUAGAGUUUUAGAAAGGUUGAGGUGCUGUUAACAUAGAAACUAAUAUUCUGUGAAAGUUGUUUUACCUUUGGCUGGAUAUUUUUAAAGAUUAAAAUAUUAAGCUGUUUAGUAUUUUUAAUUUUUAGUUGAAAAACUGUGCCGAUACUUUUUCAUAUUUCCUCUGCAUGUUACAUUUUGCUAAAUGUAUUGGGGGGAGUUAUGCAUGAUCCCAUAGCUUCAUUACCAACCCACACUUUGUUUGAAAAAUGUAGCUGAAAGGGAGAUGACGUCUUCAGGUGAACAACGGACGCUGCAGAUCCUUCUCAGAUAAAGAGAUCAGGACAAAGAGCUCAGUCUAGAGAGGUGAACCUGAGAUUUUCUGCAGUGUCAUGUUACAAACCGCUCUCGCUCUCUGUCUGUCUGUGUGCAGUCCAUGCUGGAGUCUCAGUACUGGUAUUAUAUCCUCGAGAUGAGCUUCUACGGCUCUCUGCUCUUCAGCUUUGCCUUUGACGUGAAGAGAAAGGUGAGUGUGUCUGUAUGUCUGAUUUGACAACGAACCCUGACCUGACCCCCCCACAAAAAUAAACCAUCAACUAAAGCUAUCGUGACAAUAUUGUGAAAACAAAGCAUAAUCUGUCUACUACAGAGGCAAAUUUUCUCUCAAAUGACAUGAUAUCUGUGAUCAGAAGAGGAUUUACUUUGACAGAUGUGUGUGUACCCUCCUAAUUAUGUACUAAUCUUGGCCCUGGUGGUCUAGAAAUGAUAAUAACUGAUGUGAGUGUAUUUUCUUGUGCAGGACUUUAAGGAACAAAUCAUCCACCACCUGGCUACGCUGAUCCUCUUAUCCUUUUCCUGGUGUGUGAACUACAUCCGCAUCGGGACUCUGGUCAUGCUGGUUCAUGAUGCGUCUGAUGUUUUACUGGAGGUCAGUCACCAACACACAGAAAACAGCCUGGUCCCUCAGAGACUGACUGUUGGGCCUGUAUAAUCCCACAGUCCUGUGAUCAGUUAAAAAAUACAGUACGUGGCUGUUUUGUCUGUGAAUGAAUAACUAAAAGCCCUUUUUUUUUCUUCAGUCAGCAAAAUUACUCAACUAUGCCCAAUGGGAGAAAACCAGCCUGGCUCUUUUUGUUGUUUUUGCUGUGGUGUUCAUAGUGACACGACUUAUAAUCUUCCCAUUUUGGUGAGUUCCUAAAUCAGGUGUGUGUCUGGAGAGAAUGUGUGUAAAUGCCUGAGUUAGCCCCAACUUGGAUUUUCUGAGUUCUUCAGUAUUUUUUGUCAGGUUUGGAUUAUAAGCUUUAGUUUUUUUUUUUUAAAUAAACAGCAAAAAUGCCAUAAUACUGUAUUUGAAGCCUCUUUUAUCAGUCAAUUUGUCAUCAGUCAACAUUCAUGCAUAUUUGAUCUUCAGAGAGUUCUUGAGGCUUUCUUGUCAUUGCUUGGUCAGCAGCUCUCCCACUCAUCCCUAUCUGCUCACAUGCAUGUUUCUUUAGUCUCAUCAAAACUCAGUGAAGAGUAUUUCAAUGUCUUACCUGCUGUUUUGAUUUAGGCUGAUCCACUGUACCUGGGUCUACCCCAUUCAACACUACCCCGCUUUCUUCGGCUACUACUUCUUCAAUGUGAUGCUGGUGGUCCUCCUUUGUCUGCACAUCUUCUGGGCCUACCUCAUCCUCCGCAUGAUGAGAAAGUUUAUAUUUGGCACGGUGAGUCUGCACACUGAAAACUCUUUGGGUCUGAUCUACUAAGGGUUUGCGUGCACAAAAACACAUGCAAACUUAAUAGCGCUCAAAGCUGAUCUACUAACGGGGUGCACCAAGCAGGGGCGUCCACAUGCCUAUAGAGGGGCAGGGGCUCCUUUACACAAUAUGGAAAUUAAUGUAAACUUAAAAAAACAAAGUACUAAUAGAAAGCUAACUACUUAGCUGUGUGUCCUGUGUAGGUGAAAGUAAUAUGCAAUUGCCAUUUCUUUUUUCUUUUGUCAACAAAUUAUCAACAUGACAUAAAUCAAGAUGGUAAUAUAUCAAACACAGAUAAACAACAUCUUAUAUUCCCAUAUUGCUGAAAUUACUAGAUUUUUAUUAUUAUUAUUAUUAUCAUAUAUAAAUUUUAUUUUAGACCCAAUAAGUCAUUAUUGUACAAAAAGGUUAUAGUUAUUUAUAUAUAUAUAUAUAUAUAUAUAUAUAUAUAUAUAUAUAUAUAUAUAUAUAUAUAAAAUUAUUAUCUUUUAUUUAUUUUUUUGUUAGCUCACACAGUAGUAGCCACAAUUAACUUUAUAUCUAAACCUAGACCUGUACUUCAGACCUGUAAUGAGGGAAAUAUGAUCCACUUUAAACACAGUGCAUUUUAUUUAGAAAAUUAACCCAGUGUUUUAUUUUGUAUUUUGAACGCGAUUUUCUGUCCUGCAUGAUCUACUCUGUGCUGAAUGGAUGCGCCGUGCUCCAACGUCUAGCAAAAAUAGAAACUGACACAUUGAGUAAAAUAGAGCAUUUUCUGAAAUUUUACCCUUGUUAAAGCAUGUUGAAUAAGUGGACGGAGACUAGUUAGACCAUAACUCACAAGUUCAAGUUGCUCCACUGUCACGUCUCCUCAGUUAUCCAUGGGGAAGCGGCUUCUCUCCCGCUUCACUCACUCAAUUAAAUUUAACUUAAUAUUCAUGGAUUGUGAAGGCUUAAUUCUCUUGAGUUUUACUCAUCCAUCAUAUUCAGGCCAAUUUAACUUCAUUUAACUUUCUGGAAUUUCCCCCUGUGGGACUAAUAAAGGAAUAUCUUAUCUCAAUUUUCUUGAACUACAAGAAUUUACAAUACAAAUUAAGACACAUGCUAAUUUAAUAAAAACACAUUAUCUAACUGUAAUGAGCCCCGAAAAUACAAUAAAUGAAGAACACUUGAAAGAUUAACUUUAUGCAGUUAAAAUUUAUUUUAAAUGCUCAACAAUGCAUUUAUGGCUCUGAAAACAUGUUCCACUUUUGUGGAAAGAAAAUGCACAAAAAUGAAGAAAAAAACUGUCCCUUUAGUAAAUACAUCCUUCCCUUCACACCUACCUUCUAACCUUCCUUCCUCCCUCCAUCCCUACCAUCCUACAUAACUUCCUCCCUCGCUGCCUCUGCACCUACCUAGCUCUUUCCCUGCCUUCUCACAUUUCUCACCUACAUACCUCCCUUCCUCCCUCCAUCCCUACCUUUCUACAUUUCUCCCUCUCUGCUUCCACACCUAACUACCUCUUGAUCUUCCUUCCUCCCUACCUACCUCUUGACUUUCCUUUCUCCCUUCCAACCUCUUGACCUCCCCUACUUCCUACCUAUCCCCUUACCUUCCUUCCUUCCUACCUCUUGACCUUUCUUUCUCCCUACCUAUCCCUUUACCUUCCUUCCUCGUUUCCUACCUCUCUACCUUCCUUUCUACCUCUUGACCUUCCUUCCUCCCUACCUACCUCUUGACUUUCCUUUCUCCCUUCCAACCUCUUGACCUCCCCUACUUCCUACCUAUCCCCUUACCUUUCUUCCUUCCUACCUCUUGACCUUUCUUUCUCCCUACCUAUCCCUUUACCUUCCUUCCUUGUUCCCUACCUCUCUACCUUCCUUUCUACCUCUUGACCUUCCUUCCUCCCUACCUACCUCUUGACUUUCCUUUCUCCCUUCCAGCCUCUUGACCUCCCCUACUUCUUACCUAUCCCCUUACCUUCCUUCCUUCCUACCUCUUGACCUUUCUUUCUCCCUACCUAUCCCUUUACCUUCCUUCCUUGUUCCCUACCUCUCUACCUUCCUUUCUACCUCUUGACCUUCCUUCCUCCCUACCCACCUCUUUACCUUCCUUCUACCUACCCACUUCCCUCUUUUCUGACUAACUCUCUUUCUGUCUACCUGGAACUAUAAUCAACAUGCUUUUACAUUGUAAAGUGCACAGCAGUGAUAAAAAUAAAAGUAAAAUACUUCACUGUCUUACAAACUCUGUCAACUGUCAAUCAACAAAUCACUCAUCAUCUUGCAAACACUAUCCAAGUGUUACAUUUGAACAUUCCAUGUUUUACCCUGUUUUGGGCAGUCCAUGUGAAGGGCAUAAAUAAACCCAAACAGAAGGCAGACUGCCUGGGGACAGUCUCUGACAUUGUCCAGGACAGUACCUCCAUAAAGUAUGAUGGCAGUGGAGAUGGGCUGGAGGUGCGUUGCAUUUGGACCCUGCUGCUGAGCAUCUUCUAUCACAUUCCCUUCAUAACACAUCUCCAACUGUGGCUGAGACUGAGUACUGUAUCCUGCAAAAGAGCACACAGGACUAGUUAUUGAAUCUGGUCUUCUUUUUGAAAAACUGUACGAGAGUUCAUGUAUGCAAGUAAAAUCAGCAAAAUGUGCCCAAGUAUCAAAAGUAGAAGUACUCAUAGUGCAGUUAAACUGCCCUUCUGCAUUGAACUGUUAUAUAGAAUGUUUAUGGUGUGCAUACUGCAUGACUGCUGAAGAUUUUAAAGUUGAGCUCAUUUUAUAGACAAUCGGCAAUAUCUUUUCUAGCUCAUCCAAGAGGAUUUUUAAAUUGUGUGGGGGAAAAAUAAUUAUAUUUCAAGUAUUUUACAAUGCAAUGAAAUCCAUAUUAAAUAUUGUUUGAAAAUAAAUUUAGAUAAUUGAGAUCAAUGUUUUUUUUUUACUUCUGAGGCAAGUCCUGUCGACUUCACAGGAGUCCUCACUAAGGAGAAUUGGAGGCAUUUGAGGACAACAGUUCAAAGUGCUACCACAUCGACUGAAAAUACAGGGAGAACAGAUAUAAAUUUAGGGAAUAUGUGUGUUCUGUAUUUCCUCUAAUAUUGCAGGUUUAACCCAUGCAUGUGUGUGUCUUCUGCAUUGUGUCCUGGGUUAUACUGACCAGUCAGGAAACAAUACGUGAGCUCUUUAAUUUGGCCACACAACCAGGAAACGUUUUUUCAAUUCAAUCAACAAAUGUUUAUUUUUCCAAAGGUGAGUUUGAAGUUGAAUUUGCCAUGGUUCUAGACAAGAACAAAAAAUAAACUUUAAAAAAUGUCAUCAAGUAUCAAAGAUUUCAUUCCAACUAAGGUCAUAUCAAAAUGAAAGACUGGUGCUGCAGCUUACAAAUGUUCAGUGUCUCCUUCUGGAGAGGAGGGUUAGUGCAGGGAAUGAAUUGAAUUCUGACACAGCUGCCCCCGGAUUUGUGCAGCAAAUACAUGUCAGUUAGGUGUCCUUUUCAGGGAGAGGGAUUAACCUUGAGACUGGGCGUAGGUAUUCGUGGCCUUUGAUUGCCACUGUGACACUGCAAACAUUACCAUCCUUUUCAGGGUGAGUUUUGGUUAUUCUUCCAAUGGGCCAGGAUGCACGGGGAUAUCGUGGAUCAAUGACCAUCACCACCUGACUGGUGUCCAGGUUCUCCUGGUCAGUUCCCCAUUUUUGCCUGGUUUAAAGGUUGGGGAGAUAGUGGUGAAGGAAGGCUGUCCAGAAUUGAUCAGCUAAGAUCUGACUGUGAUGCCAUUUAUGUCAGCUGAGAAGAUCACUUUCACAGUAGAUGGCCUGAGGAAGGAAAGCAUCUGGCUGCCCCAUGAGCAACACAUUUGGUGUGACCGGGUCUGAGUCAGCGAGGUCAGAGGAGACAUAUCCCAAAGGUUUUGAAUUCAGGAUCACCUCCACCUCCACUAAGACUGUGUGCAGGACCAUUUCUGAUGUUGUCUGGCUUCCUACAGCAGCAUUGAGGGCCAUCUUGAUGGAUUUAAUUUGCUGUUCCCAGCUGCCACCGAAAUGCGGGGCAGAUGGAGGAUUGAACCUGAAGUUUACCUGUGAGUGAGCUAGUUGCUCCUGUAGAUCAGGUGCCAUGGUUUAAGCACUUUGUAGCUCUGCCUGUCCUGCUUUGAAAUUGGUCCCACAGUCAGAAAGGAGUUCGUAAGGAUUUUCCUCCAUGUGAGACAAAUCUCCUGGAGGCCAUGAUAAAUGUGUCUGCAUCCAUAUGGUCAAGCAGCUCAAUAUGAAUGCAGUGUGUUGUUGGGCAUUUAAAGAGAAUACCCCACCUUUUCUCCAUGCGAUGGCCAAUUUUCACUGUGAAAGGCCCAAAGCAAUCCAUGCCCGUGGACCAGAAGGGGGGUUUGUAAAGCUUGAGAUGGGCCGGAGGAAGAUCUGCCAUUUUGGGAAUGAUGGGAUUGGCUCUCCAUCUCCGACAGUCUUGACACUGGUAUUGAUGUUGCCAUAUUGCUUGGCAACUGCACAGGAUCCAAUACCUGCAUCUCAUUUCUGCCAGGACACGCUCAGGGCCUGGGUGGAGGAGUUUCUAAUCAUAGUGUUUGAUUAAGGGGUUUGGUGAUGGGAUGGUUUGGUUCUCGUAUGAUUGGAUGGAUAUUGUCGUGUUCAAGACUCUGCUCUCCGGAGCCGACCUCCCACUCUGAUGAGCCCAAGUUCAGAAUCACAUUCAGGAGACAAGUGGAGCAGUUUGCUGCUCUUUGAUAUGAGUUUGUCAUCUUUAAGGGCAUUGAACUCCUCAGGGAAACUCUCAGAUUGAGCCUUUGGCAGAACAUGCCUUUCAGCGUUAAUGAAGGCUUGUGCAUUUGGAUCCACUUUGUAGAUGUUCCUCAUUGUAGGCUGAUGGUAGGCGACUGACCUGUUCUUGUAACCCAGCAUGUCUGUGGAGCAGUUCCAUUGGAAGCCAAGUGUCAGCUCUUUAGGGUCUGGAGGCAAUUUUUUUACAUAAAAACAAAGUUGGACAGACCUCCUCAUUGCCUUCAGAGUGAUUUUAGAUGUGUGCCUGAACUGCAUGGUGGCACAGCAUGGGCUACAGGUUGUUCCAAAUGGAAGAACUUGCCAUUCAUAGACACUGGGCUCCUGGUCUGACUGCAUCUCUCUCCACAUAAAACACAGCAGGGGUCUGUCCUCCUCCAGGAGGCAUACAUGAUGAAACAUGCCCUUGAUGUCUCCACAGAUGGAUAUGUCUGUUGGCAACAUCGGAGUAGGACUCCUACGAGAGAGGGGCCAAGGGCUGGACCAGGCAGAAGAAAUUUGUUCAGGGAUAGUCCCAUGUACUCAAAGGAGCAGUCAAACACAUCCAGGGGUUUGUUGUUGUGUUCAACCAUGUGAUGUGGGAAGUACCAGGUUUCAGCUGGUUUGUCUACCUGCUCACUGGGUAUUUUGUUGACAAAGCCAGACUGCACAAGCUUAUCCAGCUCCUCUUGGUGCUGAGCAGACAUUUUGGGGUCUUUAGACAGACGUCUCUCUGUAGCACAGAGACGUGGUAGGACAGCUUCCUUUGGAGACUCAAGAACUGGAAUGUUUGGAGCUCUGAAAAAAGGAGUGGCAAAGUGUAUUACACCAUCUACAGCUACUCUGAUUGUCUUGAGGUGGGGGAGAUCAAGAGCCAUUUUGUCUUGUUUUGACAAAAACAACAAGUGCUUUGUCAGUUUAAAUGUAUGUAAACUGCAAACAACAACAUUGAAACAAGGUUUAUCGGCGGAGCAUUACUGACUAUUAAACUAUCUCCGAUCAUGCUGCGAACAGCUUUGAUUGGAAUACGCACUGCACAUACAUGCAACGUUCGCACAUGUGACGACAUCACCACUUAAACACACACUGAGUCUCUCCAGACAGGAGAGAAGAAAAUAACUUGAAAUGUAAAAUAGGAUUGCUACUGCUGAGAACAUUAUCCUAUUUAUGCCACUUACCCUUUGGUAAUAACACACACUAAUGUGAAACCACAUCAAGAAAACUUGAUGGUUAACAAACUACUAAGAUAUUUACUUAACAAAUCAGUGUAAAUAGUCUGCUGGUAUUCCACACAACGCUGACGCAAACUGGGUGCUUUUAAUGGAGCUCCGGUUUACCAUAGCCUUUCCCGCAUAUUCCGAGUUGAGAGGAACACACGAAGUAGAUGGGGCAGAUCUGUGCAUGUCUGAAACAACGCCCAAAUAAAUUAAUUUAUCUAAUUUAACUGAAGUGGGAUACAUUAAGUUAAGCAUGUUCCCCAACCCCAAAUCUCCACUUACUUGUAUAAGAUUAAUGUUCAUAAUGGGUUGAUGAUUUCUGAGUUUGGUACACUCAUCAUUCCUAAUUAAUUUGAAUGUUAGCAUUUACAGUGUGGAAAAACUCUUUUCCUGCACCAUCAUAGUUGGUGCCACUCCCCAAGUAUUUUUUCUGGUGUGCUGUCCCAAGUGUUGAAUGCUAUGUCACACAGAAUGGGCAAGUAUGUCCAGUUCCUAUGCUCUGGGGAGUCGGGACACAGUAAAUGACACAAAACACAACAGGUCUUGGGGUCCUGUAAAGUCUUGGAGACUGAGUGCUGGGGAGCUCCUGGUCUAAAAGCUUGUGAUUUAUUUUAAUCUUCUAGUUAAUUACAGUUUUGGGGGUUUCUCUGGGGUGUGUGUGUGUGUGUGUGUGUGUGUGUGUGUGUGUGUGUGUGUGUGUGUGUGUGUGUGUGUGAGGGAGAGAGGAGGGGUCACAGGUCUCCUGUUGCAGCUUCUUUAGAAGAGACCUCCAGGAUCCCUGUUUAUUUGAUUUAACUUGUAUUUUCGACUGGUAAAGGAGUCAGAUCUGAUACUUACUAUGAUGAAUGUUAUUGAGUGCUUGGUUCAUAAUAGAUGAUUUUAUACUUAACACAUAUUAAGAAAUUUAGAAUCACAUCAAACAUUUUCAUUAUAUUUUAAGUAUCACAUCAAACAUGCUAACUUACUCUGAAAUGAAACAGAUAGUAACACAUAGAAACAGUGACCAACAAAAGAGUAAAUACAUGUAAAUGAACUUCAUGAUUAAUAAUGGAUUCUGUAUACUCAUAUUCAGAUUAUUCAAUGACAUUAUAACCACCCAAUGGUUAAAAAUACGAAGUAAAAGAUUUAAAUAUAAACCAAACUUUUCUAAACUAUUUCUGUUACUUAGAGUAAAGUUAUGAGUCAUACUCAAGUAAUUUAACUCUUAAAAGUUAAUGAAACAGAAAAGCUGUUGGUCUAAAGAAAGUAAAGAAUGAGGAUUUAUUCUGUCAGAGUGAUAACUUGGCUUCUGGAGCACAUAGAAAAACAGGACACAUCUCAUUUUAACACAAAUUUCAUGAUAAUACAGAUUAGUACACUGCGGAAUGCAUCACAUGUCAUGAUCAGUCAAUUGUAUUCUUUCUCCAAAGGAACACAGUUUUAUCAGUACAUGGUUGAGCAAGGUUUAACUACGGAGGUCUGGAGGUCAGUGUCCUACCCCUCAGACCUUUCCUUGGAUUCUGUGUGUUCACACACUUGAAGAGAGUAAAUCUCAAAUGGGAGACCUGGGUUGAGGCAUUAAUGUUUAUUUAGAUGGUCAGUGAUGGAGUCAGUCUGAAAGGUAAUAAAAACUUUGUCUCUUUUCUCCAAAUUGACCCAUAGUUAAGAGCCAGGGGUUUAGGUCAACCGGGUGAGUCAGUUGGUCAGGUGAGUCUUGGGUCAGUUGGGUUAAAGUACAAACAAGUCCAGAAAGAUUUACAUUAUCCUGUGUCCUGGGACCAGAUAAGGGACCUCUCCUCUGAGGAAUGUGUGAGUUUCACACACAGGGUUGUCUUGAUGCUACAUUCCUGCCACCAAGCCCCCUUCCCUCAUAUUUCUUUGCCUUUACAUUUACCAUUGUUCUCUCUGAUUUCGGUCCCAGCUGACCAGAGAUGAGAGGAGUGAUGUUGAAGAGGAAGAUGAGGAAGACAGCGUCCCAUCAGAGGAUGAAAGUGAGGAACAGCACAAGCUCGGUAAUGGAUCAGCCGUAGAUGAGAAGGAGGACAAGAAUGGGUUCAGCUCUUUGUCUCCACCAGAGAACAUCUGCUGGUCAAAGACUGUGUGCUGAGAGCAGCUCAGUCUGACUCUCAUAAACUCAAACUCCUCAGACCUGAAUGAGAUAACUAACUCUUUGCUGGACUGUUGUUAACCAUUGUCACUGAACUUUGAACAGGACAAAAAGAAAACCUUUCUUGAAACACUGUCAAAUCCUCCUCAAACAUUUUAUUCACUAACGCUGCAUUUCUGCUGGUAGCUGGCCCUUCCCCUUCAUCUACAAUAAUUCUCAAAGCUGCUCUCAGACCAAAUGAUGAGUUGGUUAAUUGAGUUUGACCACAAAGGGCAACUUUUUUUUAGUUUUUAACCAAAGACAACUUCAUUUUCCUGUAUUCAGUAUGUCAACAAACCAACCUGCAUCAACCUUGUGCCGGUUCACUUAAAGAGAAUGAUAAAACUUCAUGUAAUGAGUUAUAUUUGAGGGUGUCUGUCCUGAGAGCUCUAUGUCCUUCCACAAACUUAUAUGGGAGGCCAAAGCCUGAGGCAGGGAGAGCCCACCGCCCUUUCCUUUCAUGCACAUAUACAAAAAGCCAAGGCAGGGAGAGCAGUGGCAAAGACCACCAGAGAACAGAGCCAAGUCAGCAUCUAUAACAAUAAAUAUGUGAUACUGGUAAGAUCAAACACAGCAUGAGAGGAAGUUAGAGAGCACAGGUGACAUUUGCUAAUUGGAUGCAUGGAAGGUAAUGUUUAAGUUGUCAGCUGUUUUGGGCUGGUGUACAGAUUAGCUGAUGUGCUGUGGACUAAACUUGACUCUGGUUCCUGCCUGAACCAGAACUUUGCUUAUUUAAGUGACUAGGUUGUGUGUUUGUAUACUGACCAAUUUUAAGCAGUCAUGAAACAGUACAGUCACAACACCUGAAGGAGCAUAAUGUAAGAAAAGAAAGGCAACUAUGAAACUUUCUGCCAUUUUACAGUGGACAAAAAAAGCCCUGUUUUGAGUGAACUGGCUCUUUCUUGGCUUUGCUUUCACUGUAUUCAUUGUGUGCUGAACAAAAAUUUCUGAUGAGCCUGAAAUUCAUCAGCCUGAACAUUAGCAGCAGAUCAGACCAUGAUCAACCUCGCAGACUCUGAACACUGCACGGCAACGGAUGUACAAUUUUGUGGGAGCUUGGCCCGACUUCAAAUCAGUCGUGCGUCUUAGAAACUGGAUCAGCGUCAGCUUCAGUUCACACAGUGUCCCCUGGCCUCACCUCAGCAGACCCCACAGAAGUAACAGAAGUAAACAGAGCUAGAUGAUGACCUGAAGAAAUGAUCAGUACUUACAUAUGCCUUAAAUCACUGGUCUUUAACCACAGGCUCAUAAAAACACUGUGAGCAUCACUGUCAUAAUUAACAGAGUGACAUGACUUAUAUUCAAAGAUACCCACUAAAACAUGACUCAGUCUUUAUGCUGAUGAUCUUAGGAAGGGGUUCUCAACCUUUUGCAAGCUGGGCCCCCUCAAAAAUGAUUCAAACAGUCAACAGUUUAAUAUUUUUUAAAGAUGGUUAAAUAUUUGAAUAAUUUUACUUUUUUUUAAAAUAAUUUUAUAACUGUCUUUAUAAGGCUGUUGUUUAUUUCACUUUGGGUUCUGGUCUGUUGAGCUCUCUUGACUCACUCAACUGUGAAUUGACAAUAGAGGAUAAAAUUAUGACAUUAAUGCAUCAUAAAAGAUUUCCAUCAUGCAAUCCAGCAUUUCAAAAAGAGCUCCAGUGAGAACUUACUUUUUAGGUUUUCUUUGACACUUUUUUCCUGAUUCACAUGAUAAUACCAUUACUUGAAUGAUAUUUUACUGCAGCACUUUUUAUCUGUGAUGGAGUAUUUUUACAGAGUGGUAUUAGUGCUUCGACCCAUAAAGGAUCCAUAAAUUCAUCUUAAGUAUUAGUUUCAGCCCUGAUUAGGACUUGAAUCACAAAAUUCCAUGUUAAAACAUAAAGAUAUUAACUUGGCUGUAUGACGGGGCUAUCUUUUUACUGCUCCUGGAAAAUGCUGAAAGUAGAAACUUUUUUUUUAAUUUUUUUUUUUUUUUGAAAAGUUUGAGUCGGACUCUAAAACUUUUUAAACUAUCUUCUUCUCUUCAAAAAGAUGGCCACUUUGCCUGCAGCGUCUCUAAUGUCAAAUUUUUGCUUAUCCUUGAAGCAUUUCGUGAUACUUUUCACCUCUAAAUUUCAAAGAAAACACUCCAUACCUCAUAUUAUGGUCCAUUGAAAUUCACAGGUCCCUUCUUUAGACCUGUAGCUAUGAAUUUUACAUCUACAGGUCAUCUUUUCUCUAGUUCAAGACAAUGUUUUGUCUUUAAUCAUAUGUUAGGCUGUACAGGUCCUUAACAGCUCUGUAUCCGUGUUUUAUGAAUGAUUUUAUUAUUAAUGAUAUUACUGCUGUAAACUAUGAAUAAUGAUCCUUCAUCUUGCUCUAUUUUCCCUACAUAAACUCAAAUUGCAGCAAAUGUAUUUGUCUGAUUUCCUGGGUAACAUCUCUGUUACACUUAAUUAACUGAUAUAUGAAGCCGAGAAAUCUUUGUGUAAAUCAUUUUUGAAGGUAUUUCAUGUAAGUAAUCAGUUGAUUUAAAUAAGUGUGCAUAAUUUUGUGAAUAGGUUUAUGAAAUAAAUAUUACAGCUCAUUUUAAAACAUUUAUGAUGAAACUUUUCGUAACUGUGCCGUCAUUUAUUUUUAGUCCUUGCUGGCAGUUCAGGCGUUUAAUGAGAUUUAUUCUGGACUUGCUGCAUGGACUUAUAAAAAUUUGAAAUUAGAUGAAAACAUUUGCAAAGAUGUUUUUGCAGUGGGCAUGAUGUGUUCCUGUUUUUUGACAAUGUCUUAUUAUUUCGUAUGUAUUGGGCUGGGUUUUAUGUUUGUGCCACGGCUGGUUUCAUUGAGCUCAUUGUAAUGUUGGUGAAAUGCUUUGAUACGUGUGAAUACUAGUGUAUUUUGUAGUUGUCCUUGAAGCUUGUACAUUUUAAAAAAGUGACUUCUUAAGUGGUCAUUCAGAAUAAAACAUUUCAAAUAA